AUGGCCGAUCUUGAACAAGCCAUCGAGGCGUCCCCAGGCUUAUUCGAUUCCGAAUCUGAAUUCGAGGGCUUCGAGCCAGCCAAGCCCAGUCCGACGAGAAUAGAAGAAAAGCCCUCAAAUGCGCCCGUUGCGAGCAACAAGAAUGGAGUUGCCGACGCCGAAACCACAGCUGAGGGACUUCUCCGGGCGCUGCAGGACGAUGUUGAGAUGGACGAUGUGUCCCUUCCGAGUGACUACCCCAACUCGGGCAGUUUGAUGCAGGAGAUUGCCAAUUCCCAAAAGAGUCGCGAUGAAGACGACAAAGGCAACGAGGAUGGUGGGGACUACAUCUACGAGCAGAGCGACAGCGAGCACCAGUCGGAGUCUGGCCGGGGCAUUGACGGCGAUAGCAGUAGAGGUAGCAGCAGUGCCAUUAACAAGGCAAACAGCAGCGCCGGUCGCAACAGUCAGGGUACAAGCGGUAACCAUGAACGGCUUCAGGUUUUGAUCCCUCCAUUCACGGGGUUCAAGUAUGAAGAAUAUCAUAUGGCCCCGCCGAGCCAGUACGUGAAAGCUGUAAAGAAAGAUCUGGGGGUUGGGUUAUUCAAAAUUGAGUAUGAUGAUGGUCGAACCGAAAAUUUGUCCUACCAAGAACUCUGCAAUCUUGAGAACGGUCGCAUGGCGUUAAGUCGUUUUCGCGAUCCAGAUGAUAUGGAUGACGUCUACGAACACCGCAGGUCCAAACGGCUGAAAGUCAGACAUGGCUUGGAUUACGGCAGUACCACGUAUCAGGACAACGAGCCGGCAGACGACCACGACGAUGAUAAUGAUGAUGACGUGCUCAAACGCCGUCGAAGUCAGAGACACCGCGCUUCGAACAGAAUCUCCUCCAGAGUCUCUACGCGCCAAUCCACGAGGCGCACGACGGUCACUGGCUGGUCAUCGACCUCCUUUGUGCGUUCCACUGAUUCUAGGCGCACCCUAAGAACCAAAACCCGGGAAGCCACCCGGCGGAGUCGAGCACAAGAUGCCCAAGAUUCCGAUGUAGACGAGCUCGCCAAAAGCGACAGCGACUACCCUGUCGUUGUUUCGGAUGUGUCAGCUGUCAAGCCGAAAAAGAAACGGGGACGACCUCCUCGCCGCAGCUUCCGUGAGGCCUCGAUCGAGUUCGAAACUAGACGGUCCGGUCGGACUAACAAGACAACAAAAUCCAUGGAUGUGAGGGGCUUGGGUGACGACGACGAAGAAUCUUUUUACGUCGAAGAUAAGCAGGGUGCGCCCAAGGUCAUCAGCAUCAAGGAAGUAUUCAAACCGGUUCAAGACGAAAAGUUCAAAGCGGUGCACUCAACCAUGUGCGACACGUGUGGACAGGUGGGCCAUAACGCCCACAAAGGAAUCCUGAUACCUUGUCAAGGAUGCUCGUUUGCCUACCAUAAAACAUGCCUUGGCUAUCGUGCUGGCAGAGAGCAUCGCGCCACCAAAGUCGGCCCAGGCGAUUUCGUAUUACAAUGUCGCUUUUGCAUUGGAUUUUACCGGAAAAGAGACGGUGCCCCUCACCAUGACAAAUGUCAGGGCUGCAAGCAAGAAGGGAAAGCCUGCAAAGAGUUCUCUCCCAAGCUCACGGCUAGAGCAGAAGAGAAGAUCCGCAUGGCCAACAAUGGAGAGGAUCCCGUCACGCCGGUUCCAACUAAUCUUAUCAACAACGCAGAAGUGGUUCUGUUUCGCUGUGCUAAGUGCAAACGGGCGUACCACUACGAGCACUUGCCUCGCGUGGACAAGCGUCCCGAGGACCCCAACGACACGGAGGCUAUCCGUGCCAACCGCCUUGCCGAAUAUACCAUCGACCACAAAUGCAGAGAAUGCCUCGAUAUCACCGACAAAAUCGAAGCUUUGGUGGCAUGGCGGCCCGCUGACAUGGAGCGUCAUGAAGAUCAGUCCUUUAGCUCUCUAAGCGACGACGACAAGGAGUACUUGGUAAAAUGGGCGACUAAAUCCCAUGCCCACUGCACGUGGUUGCCGGGAGCCUGGAUAUAUGGGGUUGUCAGCGGAGCGAUGCGAGCAUCGUUUGCCAAGCGCAAUGACGGCGACGCGCCUCCUCCUGCGGCCGAUAAAGAUGCUGCUAUUCCUGACGAAUGGCUGAUGCCAGACAUCAUUUUGGCUGUCAGGUACCAAAACGGCUCUGACAGCAGCUACUCAAAACAGGAUGCUUUGGCCAAGAUGGCCAAAGUCAAGCAGAUAAGGGUCAAGUUUCAAGGACUCCCAUACACGGACACUGUUUGGGAUGCCCCGCCGCCUAAAAAUAAGCCCAAGCUGUGGAACGCCUUCAAAGAAGCGUAUUGCGAAUGGGUAGCUGGCAAACAUUUCGAGUAUGUGGGCAACAGUACCAUGCUCGCACGCAUGAAGCAGUGGCGGGCUCUCGAUCCUUACCCUGCCCUCCAAAAACAGCCCGAGGGCUUGGCUCCAGGCUGCAAGCUAAUGGGUUACCAAGUAGAGGGUGUCGACUGGCUUGUGUGGAACUACUACAAGCUGAGGAGUUGUGUGCUCGCCGACGAAAUGGGCCUCGGCAAAACCAUUCAGAUCUGUGCUUUCAUGGCGGCGCUUGCGCUGAAUCAGCCCAAAUGCUGGCCGUUCCUGGUCGUUGUUCCCAAUUCGACAUGCCCCAAUUGGCGACGAGAAAUCAAGCAAUGGGUACCGGAUCUGCGAGUAGUCUGUUACCACGGAGGAAAAGUACCUCAGGACCUCGCUCUCAGGAACGAAUUGUUUCCGGAUGGGAUGGAUAACAUGAAGGCUCAUGUGGUCGUCAUGUCAUACGAUUCGGCUUCUGACGUGUCAACUCGGACCUACUUCAGGAACGUCCAUUGGAAAGCCCUAGUGGUCGAUGAGGGUCAACGACUGAAAAACGACCAAAACCUACUCUAUCUCGCGCUGAGGGCCAUGAAAAUCCCUUUCCGUAUACUGCUUACGGGAACACCACUGCAAAACAACAAAAGGGAACUGUUCAACCUGAUCCAGUUUAUCGACAGCAGCAAGAACGCAGCCAAGUUGGAUGAGAGGUUCGCGGAACUGACCAAAGAAAACAUCCCUCAACUGCAUGAUGAAAUCAAGCCAUACUUCUUGCGACGCACCAAAGCUGAAGUUCUCAAGUUCCUGCCGCCCAUGGGACAGGUGAUCGUUCCGGUCACCAUGUCAAUUGUUCAGGAAAAACUGUGCAAGUCUAUAAUGACCAAAAGCCCACUACUGAUCCAGGCCAUUUUCGCAAAAAACAAGAUGGGCAUCAAGGAGCGAGGCUCGCUCAACAACAUUCUGAUGCAGCUACGCAAAUGUCUUUGCCAUCCUUUUGUCUACAGCCGCGAUGUCGAAGAUACUACUCUCGACCCUGAAACGAUGCAGCGCAACCUGAUCGAAGCAUCUCCAAAGCUUGUCCUGCUCAGUCGAAUGCUUCCCAAGCUUAAAGAAAAGGGGCAUCGGGUCCUGCUCUUCAGUCAAUUUCUCAAUCAGCUGGACAUCAUUGAGGAUUUUCUUGCCGGUCUAGGCUUCCUGUACCAGCGUCUCGACGGAAGCAUGAGUAGUUUGGAGAAACAGAAGCGGAUUGACGAAUUCAAUGCUCCAGGCUCCGAGCUUUUCGCGUUCCUGCUGUCCACUCGUGCUGGCGGAGUUGGCAUCAACCUGGCUACGGCCGAUACCGUGAUCAUCAUGGACCCGGAUUUCAAUCCGCAUCAGGACCUGCAGGCGUUGUCUCGCGCCCAUCGAAUCGGACAAACGAACAAAGUUUUGUGCUUCCAACUGAUGACAAAAGGGUCCGUUGAGGAGAAGAUUAUGCAAAUCGGUCGCAAGAAGAUGGCGUUGGAUCACGUACUGAUCGAGACCAUGGACGACGAGGAGGUGGUGCCCGAUGAUUUGGAGUCGAUUCUGAAGCACGGCGCUGAGCAACUGUUUAAUGAUGACAAUGAAAAAGAGGUCAUCAAGUACGAUGACAACUCGAUCGAAAAGCUGCUCGACCGUUCGCACCUCGUCAACCCCGAGCUCAAUGACAAAGAGAAGCGCGAUCGCGAGUUCACAUUGGCUCGCGUAUGGCAAAACGACAAAGGAGCGUUGGCAGACGACCUUGAUGUUGCGGAAACCGGCGCUGAUGUGAUGGGCUCAAGCGCAUGGCAUGAGAUCAUACGAGAGCGUGAGCUGUUGGCCCAACGCGAGGCCGAAAAGAACGCCCAGGUGUACGGUCGUGGCGGUCGUAGACGUCAGAAUGUCAAGUAUACGAUGAAUGAGAACGAAGGCCAAAAGAGCGAAUCUGAGAAGGAUGAGGAUUUCGUGGCCAACGAAGAGGGAUCAGCUGGCGGAAGCGAUGCGAGCAGCGACGAGGAACUCGAUAGGAAUGAAAAUCCCAUUCUCAAAGGUACGCCAGCAAGGAAAAGGCGCAGACAGAGAGCGUCUUCGGUCAAAACCCCAGUCAAGACCCUGGCAAAAACUCCAGUGAAGACACCGUUCAAGUCUCCGGCAAAAUUGCUAGCUCCGCAAACACCACAGAUCAAAACGCCCAAAUCCCCGCCCGAGACGCUCAAAAGGCGAGGGCUUAGCAAGGCCAGCGGUCCACCGGCAGCAUCCAAGGCGAGCGCUGCCGAGGACUCGGUAGCUGUAUCAACCACAGCCGGAGUUCAUGAGCCCGACGCAAGCGCGGCGGACUUUGAAACUCCUCCUUCUACUGACGUCUUCACCCCUGUUAAAUUGGCCUCUAAGCAUACUAACAAAAACACAAACCAGAAAUCUCCAACCCACCAGCUCAACAGCUCCCUCCUGACCCCAGACGCAUCUCCACUACGGCCGUUCCCAUACCCGAUUACAUCUCCCGGCACAUCAACGGUGCUCCCCAACCGCAGAGAAGAGCUAGCGCCCCCGGAAUACAAAUGGAACUCUCGAACCGACCUGUCCAGCAGCCAUUACCCUCCCUUGGACAGCCACAGUUCUGUUCUCAAACCCCGGGAGGGCUCAACGGGACCGCCGGGCCAAUAA